ACUAAAGACGCCGCUACCGCAAAUUUGUUACAAAAAUCAUAGUUUUGUUGUUAAAUAAAUAAAUAAAUAUGAUUAAAAAAGAAGAGCUCGAUGAAUCAUACGAAUAUGAAAGAAAAGACCAGGUAAAACCAGUGGUGCCGGCUGCUGAUGAUUACCUUCGAAAAAUGUUUUUGGGCGGUUUAACGCCAAACACCAAUGAAGAUAUGGUACGAAACUUCUUUUAUCAGUUCGGAGAAAUUGAUGACAUUGUGAUAAUGCGUGAUUCGGCAACUAAGCGUUCAAGAGGUUUUGGAUUUGUUACAUUUAAGUCCGCUUCCAGCGUGGAUAAAGCGCAGGCCGCCAGACCACAUGUUGUUGAUGGAAGGACUAUCGAUUCCAAAAGAGCUUUGCCUCGUAGCGAGACUGCUAAAAGCGAAAGCAAUGGCAUGGUACGAAAAAUCUUUGUGGGUGGUCUAAAGGAUUAUCACGACGAGGAAGCCCUUAAAGAAUACUUUCAACAAUUCGGCAAAGUGGUGUCUGUAAAUAUUCUGGUAGACAAGAAUACAGGUCGGAAGCGUGGCUUUGCAUUUGUAGAAUUUGAUGAUUACGAUGUUGUUGAUAAAGUUGUCUUGCGCAAAACACAUACUAUUAAAUAUAUGCUUGUUGAUGUAAAGAAAUCCAACUAUAAGCAAGUGCAAGCAAAGAGAUUGGAACUACAACAACAACAAAACGGUGCCAUGGGUAUGGCUCCACAAGCAAAUGAUCCUAAUGCGGCGGGAGCAUAUGCACAAGCUCCUUAUUCCCAACAAGCUGCGUAUAGCUAUCCACCCCCACAAGCAUAUGCUGGGUGGGGCUAUCCACCACCAGCUGCUCCUUAUACGCAACAACCACCGGCAUAUGGUGCCUAUGCAGCGCCGCCUACAACACAAAAUGCUGCUCCACAACAAUCAUGGAAUACAUAUGCUGCGGCCCCAGCUUGGGGCCAGCAGGGUGCUUAUAGCUCACCGCCUGCAGCCAAUACAUGGAGUGCUACAACUGCCGCUGCGCCAAAUGGUUACAGCGCACCACCUGCCAAUGGUUGGACAGGCGCUGCACCGGCUGCACAAUGUCCCACCACCAAUUUUGGUAACUAUCAACAGUCCUACAAUGGCGGUCCACAGAAAAGCAGUAGUCUACAAGCAAAUCGUAUGAAUCCAUACAGUGUUUAAGCUAUAAGUUGUUUCGCUUUUAUAUUUCAACUAUUAAUAUAGAUAGGAAAAUAGACACAACUAAAAUAUUCAAAUUUUAAGAUGUUACAGCGAUUUUAAGAUUUACCAAGUGUCUAUGUUUAUGUUUCCACUAUGUUAUAUUUCUAAUUUCUAACAAUUCCAUUAUAAAAAAGGAACUGGCUGUGAUAUUAGACUAUAUAUAUCUGUUAAUAAAUGUUAUGUAUUUACUUACAUUUUUUGAUAUAUUUUAUUCAAAUAACGUUAAUAGUAAUAAUUUAUACGGCUCUAUUAAUUAAAUCUAGAACUCUAGCAGAAGUGAAAAAAUAUGAGAAAUGUUAAUGGCACUUGACCCCUAAUUUUAAUAUCAUUUCGUAAACUAUUCCGUAAAAAUGCCCAUUUUAAAUUUCUGAUUUUAGUUCUAUUAUAGCAUGUCCGCCUAUGACACUGAACGCCUGGGUUCGAAUCCUGCCACGAACAUAAGAAAAUUUUUCAGCGGUGGUUUUCCAUUCCUAAUGCUGGCAACAUUUGUGAGUUACUUUGCCGUGUAAAAACUUCUCCCCAAAAAGGUGUUGCUCUGCGGCACGCCGUUCGGACUCGGCUAUAAAAAAAAGGAGGUCCCUUAUCAGUGAGCUUAAAAUUGAAUGGGACAGCACUCAUUGAUUUGUGAGAAGUUUGCCCCAGUUCCUUAGUGAAAUGUUCAUGGGCAAAUUUGCAUUUGCAUUCAUUUGUAGCAAAAUUCGGAAUAAAUCGAUCUACCCAUCUCCGGCAUUUUUAGGAUAAAAAGCCAGAUAAAAGAACCCUUAGCCUUCAGUUUAGGCAAUACCCUAGUAAAAAGUUGAAAAUUCAGGACAAAUUUGGGUUCAAGUCUUAUUUAUGGUAGAUAUAAGUGGAUCUGACCACAUAGUUUUUUUCUUUCUCGAGUAUUUAAAAUUUGGACUGAGAACACUAAACACUUUCGGGGUUUUGCUCUACCGGCUUUUCCACCUUUCUUCUGAUUGAUGUAAAGGGUUUAUUGAACAGGUUUGAGCUAUUUUAAAUAACGGGCUAGUUUUGGAAACAUUUGCGAGUCAAUCUUCAAAAAUUCACAAGACAUUCUUUCUCAGAGCUAACUUCUAAGCAAUAUAAUGAAAACGUCAAAGUGACUUACACUUUGUUUGCUAGUCUAUCAGUCUUACUUUUUUUAAUUACCAAAUUUUUUAACUAUCAGGAAAACUGUAAUGUAAGUUUAUUGUUAGCGAAUAAUAAACUAAAUGGGGGUUACGUCUGUUAGAGAUUUUAUUUCUGUAGUGUUUUUUUGGAUGAUUAGUAACACGGCAACACCAUUACAAUUUUAUUUUUAUAAAAGAAUACAGCAAAUUCGUUAAGUAUGUUGUAUAUCGGUAGGAACAUGGUCCCAAAUUUGUUUUCCACUCUCAAACAUUUGCACACAAUUUUACACUUAAUUUAUAUAUAACAUAAAUUAUACAAUUUGUAUUUUUCUUUAUUUUU